AUGCUCAAAGUUUCGUACGCCUUUCACUCGGAGCAGAUGAACCCCAUCGUGGCUCCGUUUCUCGAGCUUGCUGAGCACGCCGUGUACAAAGCGCCCCGAAUCCUCAUCAUCUCACCGCUGCUGGCCGAGUGUAUCUUCGACAGCAAGACGCUCAAUCACAAGUACCUCGGCCGGGCAACACGGGAGCCAGUCGACGCUUAG